UCUUUCUUUUAUACGAUCCUACCAUACACCCAUCAUACCAGCCAAACAAGCCCCAAACUCUGCUGAAUGAGCCUGUGGCACUCGAAAAUUAUACUCUCCUUGUCUUAACUUCACUCGAAACCCGCGAAAAAGCUUUCGAAUCAAAACCAGAAACUAAACAGCCCUACAAAACCUUCUAUUCCCGGCACCGGAAAAUGAAACCGAUCCAAGCGGCAAAUGGAUUCAGUUUCCGAGUCGGAUUCUCUGGCCACAGCGGCCACCUCAGAGUCGAGCCUCUCUACACCGAGGAGAGAGAUAACCCUAUCAAAGCCCUCCCCGACUUCGUUCUUCCACCUGCAUUUCCCAGGGAAACGCCUGAAUCGAUUAAGGAGCAUAUAAAGGAGAAAUAUCUGUUACCAAGAUUAGAUGAGGAUGCUUUUUCUCCAGAGAAAGCUGAAAGGCAAUGGGAUUUUGACUGGUUUGACAGGGUAAAAAUACCAUUGGAGCCAUCAUUGCCGAGAACUGUUAUGGUCCCAGUCUGGGAGUUACCCUUCAGACGAUGCAAGGAGGGAUCAGUUGAAGGAAAGUGGGAACCUAGUUCAGUUGAGGUGGAUGUGUCAGAGCUAAUAGUUGGGGGUGAAGCGUCUGGUUCUUUUCCACGCAUGUUUGGUGGUGCAGCCAAAGAUUUUGUGAGAGGAAGCAUUAAUAACCGCCCUUUUCGUCCAGGAGGCUUGGAGGAUCAAUCUUUAGAGAGGAUUCUUCCUGAAGGUGCAUCUAAUGGUGAGUGGGUUAGGGAGGUGCUAAAUGGUGGUCCUGCUCAGACAAUUCCUCCAGGCUUUAAGCAAGGGUUAAACCUUGGCAAUCUUAAGGCACAUCCUUACUUGUGGAAUGUUUACAAGGACCAAAGUGCACUCAAUAGCACAUCAGUUGAAAAGUUGAGUGAGUUGUCUGUACAAUUUGACGACUUGUUCAGGAAAGCUUGGGAAGAGGAUGUUGCAGAAUUUGAGAAAGAUGGACAUUCAACAGAAUCAGAUUCCGUUAAGUCAGAAGCUGAGGCAAACCAGGGUGAUGUUCUUAAUGGUCCUGAUACUGGAUCAUCUGCUUUGGAUGAGAUAUUGUCAGUUGAAGCAGAAAGAUUUGAUGAGAAAAUUUAUGGGGGUGGCCAGCAACAAAAGGAGGCUUGGGCUGUUAGUGGAAGUAGUGAAGAGAUUGUUGAUAAAUUUCAUGAACUAGUUCCUGACAUGGCAAUUGAAUUUCCUUUUCAAUUGGAUACAUUCCAGAAGGAGGCUAUUUAUUAUUUAGAAAAGGGGGAGUCUGUUUUUGUGGCUGCUCAUACUUCUGCUGGGAAAACAGUUGUUGCAGAAUAUGCAUUUGCUUUGUCAUCAAAACAUUGCACUAGAGCUGUGUAUACUGCUCCAAUUAAAACAAUCAGCAAUCAGAAGUACAGAGAUUUCUGUGGGAAAUUUGAUGUUGGCCUUCUCACAGGUGAUGUUAGUUUGAGGCCAGAGGCUUCUUGUCUCAUCAUGACAACUGAAAUAUUAAGGUCAAUGCUUUAUCGGGGUGCAGAUAUUAUUCGCGAUAUUGAAUGGGUUAUAUUCGAUGAGGUGCACUAUGUGAAUGAUGUUGAAAGAGGUGUGGUUUGGGAAGAAGUCAUAAUCAUGCUUCCGAGGCAUAUUAAUAUCAUUCUCCUUUCUGCCACGGUGCCUAAUACAAAAGAGUUUGCUGAUUGGAUUGGUCGGACAAAGCAAAAGGAAAUUCAUGUUACCGGGACAACAAAAAGACCUGUCCCUUUGGAACAUUGCCUGUUUUAUUCUGGAGAACUUUACAAAAUAUGUGAAAGUGAAACUUUUAUGUCACAAGGACUAAAGGCUGCUAAAGAUGCGUACAAGAAAAAGAAUUCCAAUGCAGUCAGUGGUGGUACUGGUUCAUCUAGUGGGUUUUCUGCAGUUCAGGAUGGGCCUCGAGGUCAGAAACGUGAAAUUUCUAACCGAGGGAAACAAAAUAAGCAUUCUGGUCCACAAAACUUGGGAAAUUAUUCUGGGACUGGUUGGGGGAAUCAAAGAACUGGAGGUGGCCAGAAUAGUUGGGGCUCUAGGAGAUCAACAUGGUUGUUGCUUAUUGACAAGCUCUCAAAGAAGUCAUUAUUACCUGUGGUUAUAUUUGGGUUCUCAAAGAAUCAAUGUGAUAAAUCAGCUGACAGCAUCUCCGGGACUGACCUCACUAGUAGUUCUGAGAAAAGUGAGAUUCGUGUUUUUUGUGAUAAAGCUUUUUCACGGCUGAAGGGAUCUGAUCGCAAUUUACCUCAGGUUGUCAGAGUUCAGAGCCUUCUUUGCAGAGGAAUUGGCAUACAUCAUGCAGGUUUGCUUCCAAUUGUUAAGGAAGUUGUUGAAAUGCUCUUCUGUCGAGGUGUGAUUAAGGUUUUGUUUUCAACAGAGACAUUUGCAAUGGGGGUAAAUGCUCCGGCCAGAACGGUUGUCUUUGAUACAUUAAGGAAGUUUGAUGGCAAGGAAUUUAGACAGGUACUUCCUGGGGAAUACACUCAAAUGGCAGGUCGUGCUGGCAGAAGAGGACUUGAUAAAAUUGGUACAGUAAUCGUGAUGUGCCGUGAUGAAAUUCCAGAAGAGAGGGAUUUGAAACAUAUUAUAACUGGAACUCCAACUAAGCUUGAAUCUCAGUUCCGAUUGACAUAUAUUAUGAUCCUGCAUCUCCUUCGUGUGGAAGAAUUGAAGGUGGAAGACAUGUUGAAACGGAGUUUUGCUGAAUUUCAUGCUCAGAAGAAACUUCCAGAGCAGCAACAACUUCUAAUGCGAAAGCUUGCGCAGCCAAAGAAAACUAUAGAAUGUAUUAAAGGUGAACCGGCAAUUGAAGAGUACUAUGAGAUGCAUGCAGAAGCUGAGGAACACGAUGAACAAAUAUCAAAAGCUGUCAUGCAGUCCCCUGUUGUCCAACAAUUUCUUAUCCAUGGGAGAGUGGUUGUGGUGAAAUCUCAAUCAGCCCAGGACCAUUUACUAGGAGUUGUCGUGAAAUCACCUUCUGCUAAUAACAAACAAUAUAUUGUGCUAGUUCUUAAACCUGACGAGCCAUCAAUGACUCAAACUCCCUCAGGCAGUAGUAACUUGCAAGAUAAGAGAAGUGCCGAUUUCCAUCAAGGUUAUGUGCUGCUACCAAAAUCCAAGCGUGGUCUUGAAGAAGACUACCGUGUAUCUGCUGUCCCACGUAAAGGAUCAGGUAUCAUCAACAUAACACUGCCUUACCAGGGUGCUGCUGCAGGAGUGAGUUUUGAGGUCAGAGAAACUGACAAUACGGAAUUCUUAUGCAUAUGCAAUAGAAGAAUAAAAGUGGACCAAGUUGGGCUUCUUGAAUAUGGUAGCAAUGCUGCUUUCUCUAACACUGUUCAGCAGCUGUUGAAAUUGAAGUCUAAUGGAAACAAAUAUCCUCCUGCCUUAGAUCCAGUUAAAGAUCUGAAACUGAAGGAUAUGGAUCUUGUUAAAACAUACUACAAAUGGACCCACCUGCUGCAGAAAAUGUCAGAGAAUAAGUGCCAUGAAUGUAUAAAGUUGGAGGAGCAUAUUAAGUUAGCUAGAGAAAUUAAGAAGCAUAAAGAGGAAGUUAAUGCUCUUGAAUUUCAACUAUCUAAUGAGGCGCUCCAACAGAUGCCAGAAUUCCAGGGCCGGAUUGAUGUUCUGAAGGAAAUUGGUUGUAUAGAUGAAAACCUUGUGGUUCAACUAAAAGGUCGUGUUGCCUGUGAGAUGAAUUCAGGGGAGGAAUUGAUAUGCACAGAAUGUUUAUUUGAGAAUCAACUCGAUGACCUGGAACCUGAAGAAGCAGUAGCUUUAAUGUCGGCCUUUGUGUUUCAGCAGAAGAACACUUCUAAACCUUCUCUUACAUCCAAGCUCUCUCAGGCCAAACAAAGAUUGUAUGACACAGCUAUAAGACUUGGUAAGCUUCAAGCAGAGUUCAAAUUACAAAUAACACCGGAGGAGUACGUACAAGAAAAUCUCAAGUUUGGUCUUGUUGAAGUGGUUUACGAAUGGGCAAAGGGAACUCCUUUUGCAGACAUAUGUGAGCUCACAGAUGUUCCCGAAGGCCUUAUCGUGCGGACAAUUGUCAGGCUGGAUGAGACUUGUCGUGAGUUUAAAACUGCAGCAGCUAUAAUGGGUAAUUCAUCUCUUUACAAGAAAAUGGAAUCUGCUUCCAAUGCCAUAAAACGUGAUAUAGUCUUCGCAGCUAGUUUGUACAUUACAGGAGUGUGAUCUAUAUAUUAUUCUGUGAUCCAUAAUCGUGAUAGAGUUAAAGAUGACAUGGGUCCUUAAUCAGAAAAGAUGUUUAACCAUUUCCCCCUUUGUCAGUCCUGGAAAGACAACAUACCUUCUUCAGCUUAGCUUAAGACCUAAUAAUUUCAUCAUAGCCAAUCAAAAUCUAUUAUCUUCUUUAAAUGCUAAUGAAAGUAGCCAAGCUUUGUUGGUUUACCACAU